AUGGCUCAGCGCUUGCAGCAAAUCCAUCAACAGCUGGAACCUAGUGAUCCAGCCGCCGGCCCAGACCGCAUAGACGGACAAGUGGUCAUAAUCACUGGUGGUGCUCAAGGAAUCGGAAAAGCGACCGCUUUGCUAUUAGCCCAAAAAGGAGCAAGAGUGGCCAUCAAUGAUUUGGACAAGGAAAAAGCGGACGAGGUGGCAAGGGAGAUUCGUAACCUCCAAGGCCAAGCGGAGGUAUUCCAUGGAAAUGUUCUCGACGAUGAGUUCCCCCAACUUUUGGUGAACAGCGUGUUGCAGAGAUGGGGAAAGAUCAACUGCUUGAUCAACAAUGCUGGUUUCUGUCACGAUAGUGCGAUCCAUAAAAUGGACGAUGACAAGUUUGAUAUCAUUAUGAAAAUUCAUAACUACGUUCCGUUCCGCAUCGCGAGAGCACUGUCGGGACACUGGAUGGACCCGGUGAACAAAUUCAUGCCAAAGACAAUAAUCAAUGUGUCUUCUACAUCCGGUCUGCAUGGAUCAAUGGGACAAAUCAACUACGCAACAGCGAAAGCAGGGGUUCUCGGGCUCACAAAAACAAUAGCGGCGGAAUGGGGCCGAUAUAACGUCCGGGCUAACGCAGUGGCUUAUGGCUGGAUCGAUACACGCAUUACGCGCCCGCCGACUGAGUCGGAAGCAAUGAGCCUCGGGGGCCAGGCUAUCAGACUUGGGAUCCCGGAAAAUGCGAAGAAAUGGCGAGAUGUCUCCGAUAUUCCGCUAGGUCGGCCUGGGUCAGCGGAUGAGGCUGCACGGGUUAUACUCUUCCUUGCAAGUCCACUAUCCUCCGACAGGGAAAAACAGGAAAUUGAAUCAAGUGAGAGACAGACGUCGUUGAACUCUCCCACGAAUGACUUUACUUAUAACUUUUGCAAACCACCCUUGCCCGGAACGACAACGAGCAACCAUCCGUCUGAAGACUGGAAUAAUGAAGCUGAUGCGUACGAUAUAAACGAGCUUCGCCCAAAAAGUGUUUCGCUGUCCUCUCAGCUACUAUGCCUUCGCGAACUCACGCAGACACAAGGCAAGGAACGAAAAUGCCCUGCCUCUGGACGAAAAAUGCAUCAGGUGCCAUUGUUCUCGGUAGAGCUUCCCCGCCCGGGGAGGCUACAUGAAUUGCUAGAUGUAUACUUCCGUGAUCUGGACUCUUUCUUUCCGUUCAUCAAACGCGAUGGAACCCAGGCCCAGAUCGAAAAAAUUCUGCAAAGCCUGGGCCAUUCUGAAAAUCAGCAUAUUGUCGAUGUGAAACUGGGAGACCACUCGAUAAUCGCACUUCUUUGCAACAUGCUGGCUAUUGCCGAGUCCUUUUGCGCAGCUCGAUCCUGGUCAUAUGAGAUACGCCCUGGGUGGUCCCUGUUUCUCCGAGGCCGCAAAUUGAUUCAACAUUGCUCACCACUGAAGCACAUUGAUAUCCACCUUAUUCAAUACCAUGCCCUCAGUUCCGAGUAUCUGAUGGAGUCUGAACUACUACACGAAGCAUCGAGGGCUAUUUCGAACGCAGCUCAGCUUGCCAUGCGGACCAGACUCAACGAAGAACGAGUCUGGAACGCGCUCCCCGAAUCAGAAAUUCAAAAUCGCAAGAGACUGUGGUGGACAAUAUAUUUUCUUGAUCGCAAGAUCUCACAGAGGACAGGAAGCCCAUAUGUUAUCCGUGAAACUGAAAUUGCUUUGUCCGAGUUCUCGCAGAACCCAACUACGAGAACUGAUCGCUAUAUGCAGGUGUUGGUAGAUCUUGGCAAACUAUGGUCUUUGAUCUGGGAUACAUUCUUUGCCGCUGUUGCGUUAAAGCCCCAAGACUGGAAGGAAGUGGAAAUCAUGGACACUCGCAUUUUGAUCGUUCAGAGAGAGCUGGCAGGCGAGCUCACCUGGGAUACAGAUCUCCUAAAACGGGUGUAUUUGGCGGAACAAGAGUCAGAGCCUUACAUCCGUCGGCGCCUCGCAAUUUUCAUUAGAUUAAACCUUUUACGCUUGACGAUUCGGCAAAAUCCAAUCCAGAAGCGUCAGGACACCAGAGGUCACAGUAUUUGUGUCUCCCUUGCAUCCAAGACCGUGUAUGCAAUUGCCGCCUUCACUGAUAGCUGCCCUAGCGUCAUACCAUGUGGAUUUUUCUUUAGCACUGCUCUACUAGAGUGUAUAUACCAUCUUAUUCUGGCUAUGCGGGCGAAACUAACGGAAAAGGAACACAACGCCAGCAUCAAAUCCUUCCAGCUUGCCUAUCAAUUACUGGAUAGGUUCUCGCAGGCCCUGGAUACGGCCAAGCGAGCCCUUCGGGCCCUCAACUCUGUCGUCUCUUUGGCUGCAAUAACGAACUCACAUUCUGUCGAGGAACUCAGCCCAGAUCCUGGACGAGAAGAGGGUCGUGCCAUAGAUCUGAGCUCCUGUGUCCCGGAAACCAUAGACUUCUUCGACCCUAUGUCGUGGCAGAUUGAUGACAUCCCUUUGGAUGUAGUGGCACUAGUUUCUUCAAUGGGAGAGAUGGGAGACCAUGAUGUAAAUGAUGCUGUUGCAGAUGAGAUGUCUGAGCAGUCUAUGGCUCCUGAUUUGUGCCUCUGGAAUUGCGAAUACGGUAUCGACCCUAAUUCCAUCAACCUUUAA